AUCUGGACCUCGUGAUCAAACCUGUUCACUCACCGAUCGUCGCGACCGGAGGAAAAUCAGCCUUUAAAAGAUCUGAGGAAUUUAACAGCGAACCAGAGACACGCCAGGUCGUUGCACACUGAACAGGACACCAUGGUCCUCUGGCUAUGAGACACAGGGAGCAAUGGCGGGUUGGCACCGGGUAACCUCCCUCUCGGUCGGUUUGUUGUUGUUGCUGCUGUCGGCUCAGAGCACCGGGAGACCGAGGGAAAAAUGUCCGGGCGACAAGUCUUGUCCGUCCACAAGACCUCCUGUGGUCCUCAUCCCGGGGGAUCUGGGGAACCAGCUGGAGGCGAAGCUGGAUAAACCCAGCGUGGUCCACUACAUCUGCUACAAGAAGACUGACUCGUUCUUCACGUUAUGGCUCAACCUGGAGCUGCUCGUCCCGGUCGCCAUCGACUGCUGGAUCGACAACAUCAGGUUGAUUUACAACAGAACCACACACACCUCCUCGUCACCGCCGGGCGUGGACAUCCGCGUCCCCGGCUUCGGAAAGACCUUUUCCCUGGAAUACCUGGACCCCAGUAAACGCAGCGUGGGCAUGUAUUUCUUUAGCAUAGUGCAGGCGCUAGUGGAGUGGGGCUACACCAGAGACGACGAUGUGAGAGGAGCUCCGUACGACUGGAGGAAAGCCCCAAAUGAGAAUAAAGAGUACUUCCUGGCGCUGCAGCACAUGAUCGAGGAGAUGUCUGAGAAGGCCGGUGGGCCCGUGGUGCUGAUCGCGCACAGCAUGGGCAAUAUGUACACCUUGUACUUCCUCAACCAGCAGCCGCAGGCCUGGAAGGACCGAUACAUCAAGGCGUUCGUGUCUCUGGGGCCUCCGUGGGCCGGCGUGGCCAAGACCCUGCGCGUGGUCGCCUCUGGUGAUAACAACCGAAUCCCGGUGAUCAGCCCGUUAAAGAUUCGCUCCCAGCAGCGUACUGCCGUCUCCACCAACUGGCUGCUGCCUUACUCUCACACAUGGGACAAAGAUCAGGUCCUGGUCCAAACGCCCACCACCAACUACACCGUGCAGGACUACGAGCGUCUCUACAAGGACAUCGGUUUCACCGACGGCUGGCAGAUGCGCCAGGACACGGAGCCGCUGGUGUUCGACCUCACUCCUCCCGGGGUCGCCGUCCACUGCCUGUACGGCACCGGCGUCCCCACGUCCGCCGCCUUCCAGUACUCGGACAAGUUCCCCGACGUGGAGCCCACAGUGGUGUACGGGGACGGCGACGGCACGGUGAACCUGCGCAGCGCCAUCCAGUGCAAGCGGUGGGUAGGGCAGCAGAAGCAGCCCGUGAUCCUGAGGGAGCUCCCGGGUAACGAGCACGUGGACAUGUUGACCAACGUCACCACCGUGGCGUACAUCAAGACCGUGCUGUUCCCUUCCUGAUUUCAAUUUUAAAAGGCCAAAAAAAAAAAAAAAAAAAAGACGGCGGGACCUGGACCGACUCCCCUCACCCGUCUCUUUACAAACUGCCAAAUAUAUGCCCCAUCUCCCUCUCCUCCGCCACAGUGCUCAAGACAAAGUGUUUCAAUUUUAUAGGAUAAAUUUUUAGAUUAAUUUUAUAGCUGUAAUUCCUCAAUCGAUGUUGAUGUCGGGUUGUUUACGUUUUAUAGCAGAUUUCAGAAGAUUUUCCACGCGAAAUGAGCGGAACCAGAAACCAGGGACUCUCAGUUUGGGCUAAAUUGAGCAACUAAUCAAAGUCUGGUCGUUUAUCAGUGUUGUAAAUGAGAUUUGAACUGAACUCCUUCAACUAUAUUAAUGUUAAAAUUGUCACUAGCUAAAUUGUAAACCACAUACUUUAUUUGUACCUUUCUAUAAAUGAUGUUAGGUUUUAUGAAAACGUCUUGAUUUCUAAUAUAUAUUUUCAUUGUUUUUUUUUUUUUACACGCAGCCAAGCUGUUUUUUUUUUAUCAUCUCACUGUUACACGAGUCACUCUAGCAUUGAUUUCACAAUGUUUUUUUUUUUUUUAAAUAUAUAUAUAUACACACACACACACAUAGGAAAAUGCAUUGUUCAGAUUUAAACUUCAUACCUCAAUAAAUAAAUUCUUUGAGUUUGAUUCAAAGCUCUCGAAAAGAAGAAGUGGGCACAGA